AUGCAAGUCUUCUCAAUUAUUGUUCUCGGAACUCUCGCCAUUGGAAUCGUCGCUAAAAAUCAUCAUGCCCACCAUGAAAAUGUCGUUUCUACCAAAUACCCUGAGCAGUGAGUUUUUUUGUUAAACUUAAGUUAUCGAUUAAUCGACUUUUUCAGGAAACCAAAUGAAUGGUGUCUUGGCCACUUUGAAAAGGGUAGAUUGUACCACAAUCUGAAAUAUAUAUGUCACAAAAAUUACCAAAUCAUCAACCCCAAAAUAACGGCGGAAAGAUCUGCAAUUCAUAAUAAAAUAUUCAACGAGAUCCAACUCACCCCGGAAGAUGUUGAAAACGUAUGCAUGCACAGUGAUAAUCAAGAAAAGUUGAGUGCCACCGAAACAUACGAUUUCAUGAACGAUGACUACAUUGCCGUUAUUUGCGACAACAACAAGUAUAUGAAUCUAAUGGAUCAACUGGUCGAGUUAGCCUAUGAUUUUCCAAGUGAAAUCAUGGCUGGUAUUAUUCCAGAGUAUGUUAUAAUAGAAAUGACAAUUGAAUAAACAUAAUUUGAAACUGUUUUCAGAGGUGAAAUGAACAACAAAAUAAGAAGAGAACACAUCAGGAACAACAUAUACAACAAUCCAGCAGUUGCAACAAAUCUUCUCGAAAGAUACAAUGAUUUCAAAUCAGUUCCUGCCCUCAUCCAAUCAUCAUUCAAACAUUAG